AUGUUCACUGACGGAAAUCACAAGGCUGGGUGGGCUAUAGCCUAUAGGCUAACUUCUUUAAAAACAAAAUCUAGGUGUUCAUGUACUCUUAAGCCUAAAUCCUCUCAGCUCACUCCAGCCACUACCCAGGUUUUCAGAACGUUAGCCUUUCCCUCCUAUUCUCCACCUCUGCCAAUGAUCUCUGUCCCGUGUGCCGUUCACUCUCCUAGUUCUUCUCAUUUUCUAAUUUCAAUUCUGCUUCUUAUAAGCCUCAGAGCUUCACUGACCCCAGGGGUUUGUUGGUUUUCUUAUGGAAUUUAUGCUCACGGACAUACAAUUAAGAUUUUAGUUUAUGGGAUAAUUAGAGCUGCUUUACAAACACGAAUUGGUGUUUAUUACAUCCCAUUACAAAUGCAAAAGCAACAAUGGAACUAA